GGUUUUGGCAGGUAAUCUCAUGAGAAAAACUGUUGUACAGUUCCUGGCUAACUAAACGGAUGUGCUGUGAAGUAAAAGUGAAGAGGGACGUCUAGUCUGUGUAUAUUUUACCUUUUGGAUUUAAUGCUUGACCAAAAUGAGAAGAAAGCCAUGAAAGCUGCACAUGUGUGUUCCAGAGAGGGUCUUUCAUCCCGGCGCAGGGUCCUGUCUCUCAGAUUUUCUUUGUCACAGUAUUUGCGGUUACACCUGGUUCUUGCCCUAUGUGCAGGUUUUGCAGCUCCUGCCUCCGCACAGUCUGCUCAAGGAGGAAAUAUUGUCUAUUUCAUUGAAGUCACAGUUGAAGGAACAGAAUCAGGAAUAAAUGAACAAGACAUUAAUCUCUUUCUUCAGCCAGUCUUUGAAAACAAUCUACAAACAUGUACAACAACAACAACACCCGCAACCUCAACCAGAACAUUUUUUACAAGCACUUUUACAAGCACUGCUAUGCCAACCACAUCAGUACCAAACAUAACAAGUGAUACAACUGUUAGUGCAAGUACUACUGCCAAUGCAAGUACUACUGCCAAUGCAAGUACUACUGCCAAUGCAAGUACUACUGCUAGUGCUACUAGUGCAGUCACUACUACAGUGAGUACACCUGCUAGUACUGCUACAACCGCUAUUACUACAAGUGCACCUGCCAUUACUACUACUACUGUUGUUUCUACUUCAACAAGUACACCUGCUAGUACCACCACAAGUGCAUCUGUCAGUACUACUACUAGUGUUGUUUCUACUUCAACAAGUACACCUGCUAGUGUUGCUACAAGUGCAAUUACUACAAGUACACCUGCUAGUACUGCUACAAGGGCAAUUACUACAAGUACACCUGUCAGUACUACUACAAGUGUUGUUUCUAUUUCAACAAGUACACCUGCUAGUGCUGCUACAAGUGCAAUUACUACAAGUACACCUGCUAGUACUGCUGCAAGUACUGCUACUACCAUUUUAACAAGGUCACAGGCAGACACAACUCCUACUACUGUCACAGUAACACUCAUGACCACAGAAGCAGACGUGUUAACAUCGACCUCAGCAGGAGUCACUACAGAGGACGGAGGCGGAGGAAAGAACAGACCAUCAAACAGUCCCAACGAAAACUCAAACAAUCAAAGGAAGGCUCGGGACACAAGUGUGAUUACAAAGGGAUUGUUUAAGAUUUCUGAAGUAGACUGUGGGAACAAAACAUUUUUUACACCGACCACUUGUUUUGUGUCUUUGACACUGGAGGAGAGCGUUGACCCUUGUUGCAUCCUGCGGACUCUGUGUUUAGCCAGUGAAUCAUCCACCAACUUCACCAUGAACUGGACAUGUGCAGGAAAAGCAGGUCUUCUGCCAAAUACAAAUGCCACAUUCAGUAAUGCUCCAGAAAAUAUCUGCGUUUAUACAGAACAAGAACAAUCUGCACAAUGUGAUGCAUAUGAAAUUCAAAGUGCAGAAAACAAUUGCAAUUGCUCAUCUUACUGCAGUAACACAGAUGCAUAUUACGUCUUCAGUGUAACAAUAGACGAUCCCUUGAUAACUAACUCAACCAUUCUCUCUCUAUUUUCAAGUGUGACAAAUACACCUGGAUGUCCUUUGUGUCCUGAAAUUGCGUCUAGUUACAAGAAUGCUAGCAUCUAUUGCAGUGCCACAUCUCCACCCACCUGCACAGUGCUUUUACUCUUCACCGAGGAGGUUUCUAUCUGCGUCUUGUCAGAAGUGGUCACAACUUUGCUUGGACAAAAAGACAUUACCAUGAAUGAGUUGAGACGGGCUGCAAUCUGUAGAAAAGGAAAUGCUGAUCAACUAUUACAGACGUCAUGUAUAGUAGAUAUAGAAGAGGAAAAAAAUAUAAAACCCGAUAAGCCCUGCGAGUCAAACUUUGACAGUUGUGACCCAGAAGACCCAGUGAUAGUACUACUGAAUGAACAGUGUGAGCUGGCAGAAGCCACAGCUGAUGAACUUCUGGCACUGACCAAAGAUGCCUCUAAACUGAACUCCACUCAAAUCAAUCAAAUAGUGUCAGCACUGGAAAAUCUUCUUUUGGGCCCCAACGUCAGCCUGGCACUAGGAAACACCAGUGUAGAAAUUGUCAGCAAUCUUCAAAAUGCAACCCUGGAAGCAGUGGACGAAUCCAAAAACAGAAUCAUGGGAAUAGUUGAUACAGUUGGUCAGAAGAUAGUCCUCAGGAAUUUCACAGAGUCCCUCCUGAGUGAAGCUGUGGCUCUUUCUGUGCAAAAGGCAAAUGGGACAAACUUUGAGGAAACAUACUUCUCCAUCUCAGAUCCAAACAAUGUACAGGUGGAGUCUAGUGCCCCACGUGCAGUGACAAAGGAGUCCUCUGUACCUCAAGGCUCCAUUAGGCUGCCACAGACCAUCACUGAAAACCUCUCAGAGGAGGAACGACAAAUGCUGUCCAGGGUCCAGUUCAACUUCUAUCAAAAGAGCACACUAUUUCAGGACAAAGCUUUGGGGAAAAGAAUACUCAACAGCGGGAUAAUUGGAGCAAGUGUUUCCAAUUUGACAAUCUCUGGACUGCAACAGGGAAUUAUUAUUAACCUAAGAAACAUACAGCCUGUUCCUGCAAAUUAUGCGGCUUCAUGCGUGUUUUGGGAUUUCACACUUAAUGAUGGGUCAGGUGGGUGGAAUGCAGAAGGAUGUUCUGUCCAAAACACUACAAACAGUGAGACCAUUUGCAGCUGCAGCCAUUUAACAAGUUUUGGAAUACUUCUGAAUCCAAACCGGGAGGUGACUUUCAGUCGACUCCAGGCCACGAUCCUUACUUUUAUUACAUACAUUGGCUGUGGCAUCUCUGCAAUAUUCUUGGCUGUUACCCUCCUCACUUACAUAGCUUUUGGAAAACUCCGUAAAGACAUUCCUUCUAAAAUCCUGAUCCAGCUGUGUUUGGCCUUGCUCCUUCUAAAUCUGGUGUUCCUGGUAGACGCCUGGCUGGCUCUCUACCCUGAUGCAGUGGGCCUCUGCAUCUCUACAGCCUGGUUCCUGCACUAUUUUCUGCUGGUUGCAUUCACAUGGAUGGGGCUGGAGGGCGUUCACAUGUACAUGGCCCUUGUUAAAGUGUUCAACAGCUACAUAUCUCGCUAUAUGGUGAAGUUCUCAUUGGCUGGAUGGGGAAUACCCAUGAUUGUGGUCAUCAUUGUAAUUGCAGUUGACAAAGACAAUUAUGGCCUUGUGUCCUAUGGGAGGUUUUCAGAUGGCUCUCAAGAUGAGUUUUGUUGGAUAAAAAAUGACGUGGCCUUCUAUGUCGCAGUAGUGGCUUAUUACUUAGUCAUUUUUCUCUUCAACAUCAUCAUGUUUGUUGUAGUCUUGGUUCAGCUGUGUCGAAUAAAAAGGCAGAACCCACAGAACCUACAGCAUCGGAACACCCUCCAGGACAUCCGGAGCGUGCUGGGAAUAACGAUACUCCUUGGCCUCACUUGGGGCUUUGCAUUCUUUGCAUGGGGAGAACUCAACCUUCCAUUUAUGUAUCUCUUUGCGAUCUUCAACUCUUUACAAGGUUUCUUUAUAUUUGUGUUUCACUGCGCUGUAAAAGAAAAUGUGCGAAGACAGUGGAGAACAUAUCUGUGCUGUGGAAGCAUGAGAUUAGCUGAAAACUCAGAAUGGAGCCGCACCGCGACACAGAAAACAGAAAAGCAGUCAUCAAUGACUAAAAUAAGACCCCUUCAUUCAUCAGAAUCCAACAACUCAUCCAGCUCGUCUUCAUACCUCGUCAGUGACAUCUCUGAGCCCAUGAAUGGCUAUGGGAGUCCACUUUCUGAUCACAUAAUAGCAGCAGAUGAAGACCCCAGAAUGGACGUGGUACUCAACGAGAUCAACAGUCAAUACCGACGCCUUUAGUCACAGCACUAUGGACAGACUAAAUAUGGAAGGAAAUGUAGUGUUCAUUUUAUUUUUGAACAAAUAAUUAUUACUGAAAUCACUUUACAAACAUGCACUUAUUUACUAUGAGAAAAUAUGUAUUUGUACACAUUGUAUCAACAAAUGUUUUUCAUUUAUAAAUGUUGAUUUGAUUAUUGGUUAUUGUUACUGGUAAAAAGUAACAAUUAAGGUGCAGCACUUAUGUGGAAAGCAAAAAUAAAAAAUCUGUCAUACUCUAAAAGAUAAACACAACUGGUUCAGUUCUAUUAUGCUACCUUACUGUAGUUUUUAAGACCAUUUUAGCAUCUGCCCAUGGACAGCAGAUGAAAAAUAGGCUUUUGGCUAAUUCUGGUAGAUUUACAGUAAUGGUGAUUAAUGUACACUGUCCCUGUGAAAUAAAAGAAAACUUGAAUACACUCAUUGACCCUCAGCUGAGAAAGGCACUUCAAAAUGUAUUUAAAAUAUUUGGUGAUUUAAUUGUUUUACUUCAUCUUGAGAUGUAUGCACUUAAAAGCACUGGGUGCAAUAGUGUUUUGUACAUAUACAUUUUAAAUGUGAAUAAAUAUUUCUGUAUACUUUU